AUGUUGGUUGUGGAUUUCUUAGUGUGUGGAGCGUUGAUGCUUUGCUGUGCCAGGAUGUGUGUGGCUCUGAGCCUUCCUCAUGACCCCUCAAUAACAGGUCAGACUGCAUUAUCUAAACUAACUAAAUCCCUGCAGAUUUGUGCUCCAUCGGCAAUGCUAUUUUGUGAAUAUAUCAUACUGUGGAACUCCAGUGUUAAAGCUUCUGUGUUUGCUGUGUUGUUAUUCUGUUCAUUUUUCACUUCACUGAAAGGAGGCAAGCCCACCACGGCCACCACAGGAACAGGAAACGGGCCACAAGUGUCAAAUGCAGCGCACACCUUGUCAGCAAAGACGUCGUACAGCUCCGCAGCUUCACAGCACCUCCCUAACCUCCCACCCUGCUUGGUGGAUGACGUGUUUGCAGCGCUACAUGAAAGUGUGGCUAACAAUAACCAGCUUACAAACCAAGCCUUGGCUCUGUUCGGCAUCUGCGCAGCAUCUGAAAACUCAUCGGCCUCAGUCUUAGCGGAUAUCGCCAAGGAAUCAAACAGUCAGCAGGGACAUGGACUGAGGGUUUUCCAUCUGUCUGGAGGUAACAGCUCCCUCUGUCUGUGAUCAGUCUUUUUGUUUGUUUUGUCGUCUUAAAGCAUGUCUGGUUUUCUCCAUCAGGGCUCUUGUCAGAAGGAGAUGAGGAAGAACCACUUGAAUUGACCUUUGACCUCUCACAUCUCCAUUUGCCUGUAUCAAAACCUGUGAUGCUCCUGGCUUUGGAGAGUCUGCCUCCAGGAGAAAACAUGGAAGUUACUUUGACAAGUCAUAUACUGGAUCCCAGCACACAGGUAAAGAUCAGCCUACUGAGAAUAUUUAAUGAAGAAAAAAAAAACACUCCUGAACUACCACAUUUACUUUGUCACGUUUGUUUUGUGGUUUAGACUGUGUGCAUUUCAGCAGAAACACAAUACAUAAUGUUGGCAGGAAAAGAGUCAGCGGGCAAAGUCCACCACAAAUGGAGGAUUUCUGCGGAGACAAAUUCCCCGGCUAUGAGUAAGAUUAAAUGUGAGAAAAACACAGGAUUGGAUCUUGUUUCACGUGCGCUUUGCUUACGUUUCCUCUACUUCCAGAGAAAAAGCUAAAAGGCAUCUUUGUGGGCAAAGAAUCGGGAAGUAACAUCAGCGUGACUUCGCUUCUGCUUUUCUCAGGAGAAAGAGGAACUGAAAUAAGGUUGACCUUUUUUCUGUGUUUCCUCUUGUCGAUACGAAUCACACUCCUGUCAGAACAUGAAGUAUUAAUUUCCUUUUUCAGACAUACACAUGUUUUAGGGUCCUCCCUGACCUCCACCUUCCUCUGUGAGCUAAGGCGCUUCCUGGGUGAUGCUCUCCCUCAGAGCCACCCUCGCCCCCAUCACCUCCAGCUGGACUCCUUACAGUCUCUGCCUCCCCUUACCCUUGGCUUGUCCUCCAGUGAGACCCUGCUGGCAGGCCUGAUCAACUCCUCAGCCCUCACCAUCUUCUCCUUCUCCAGCUGGGGCUCAAAGUUUCAGGGGUACCAUGGAGAGCUGUCCCUGUCUCCUCAGCUGCUGGAGGAGCUCAGGCAGAGGCUUGAGCAGACUGUGGAGCAGAUAGUGGCAGUAAUGAGGGAGGAGGACGUGGGUCACAGAGCUUCAGAGAGGCUGGGGAGGCUCAAAGAACUCAGUGUGUUCCCAAAGACAGAGCCAACAUCAGGUGAUGUAUGGCCUAAAUGGAUACAGUCAGUGAAAGCAGCUUAGUCAAACUAACUCAGAUCCUCUGAAACAGAUUUUAUCCAUCUAUUAGUUUUAACAGUUUUAGACAAUCAAGUUCAUCUUAGCUCCUCAUUGAACUUGUCUUGUGCUUGCAGUGUUUUCUGACAUUAAAUCUCAUCCUGCCGCCUAAAACAGUGUUAGCUUUGCGACCAUCAUGACUUUAAUUCCUCUUAAAGUUACUGUGAGGAACUUAUCCCACUGAGCAAUAGAUGGCUAUUAGACAUCUAGUUCUUUGUUUAGACCUAAUUUCAAUCGUCUAUGUUCUGUAUUUCUGAUGGGAGUUCAGAGUUGCAUGACUAAUCUCCGAGUACUUAACCAGAAUAAUUAUGAUAGCCGUUGAGCAAUAUACAGUGUAGUAUAAAUAUAGCCUAUAGUAUCUAAACUUGAUCUUAAUCUAAACGUCUAAAAACUCAUUUUUAGACCUGUGGUGGCCUGAUUUUAGACCAGUCGUCUAGGCUACAUUUAGACGUCUAUUAGACCUCUUUUAGACCAAAAACGCUCAGUGGGAUAGUUUGUGUUGUUUUUGGUGCCCCCCUGUGCACAAAGUGAUAUCUCUUGCCUCUACUCCUGUACAUGUGGAAGUAGUCUUCUCAUACUCAGUAAAAAAACAAAAAAAACCAAAAAAAACAAAAAACAUAUUGUUGACUUUUUACAUGUAAAACUAUCACCCACUUGGUAUUCACCAUUAACGACAUUAAAAUAGGCUUUUUAUAAGCCAGUGUGAUCCUACCCCCUCAUUUGGUUAUAGGCGUUUAAAAUGACAACAAAGACAUUAACAGACUGGUUGCUAAUGGUCUGUUUUGCUUCUGAAGAUCAUAAAGAGGCAGUAGUAUCAGUUUUACAUUGUUUCUGAACCAGUUGAAAACUCCUCAUAGUACCUUUAAUUUGUGUCUGUUUCUAACUGAUGUCUCUUUGUCUCUCUUCAUGCUACAGGAGAAAUCCAAUACUGCGCAUUUUUGCUCCUGAAGGCCUUGCAGACGGUGGCCCGUGCAUAUGAGGUGGAGAAAAGACUGCGAGCAACCAGGGCCGGCAACAGCAACUCAAUGGGUGCCAGCGUCUGUGCGUUGAGGAGUCUCACUGUCUCUCUCGAAAGAACUCUGGUGGGUCCAAACACUGCAAACAUCAACAACUGCCACGGCUCCUGUGCCUUCCCUCUGGUCAACGCCAACAAUCACGCCAUUCUGCUCAACUUCCACAUUGAGAAUGAGAACACGGAUGAGCGGGCACCGUGCUGCGUACCUGUGGCCUAUGAACACCUGGAGGUGGUGGACUUAAACCAACAUGGGACUUACCUCUCUAUUAAACCAGAUGUGGUUGCAAAGGAGUGUGGGUGCCGAUAAAGUAGCUUGGAUUUAUAUCUUAAAAAAUCUCUGAUCAUAGCCUGUCAGUGGAGAAAGGGUGUCAUUCAACCGUUAUAUUAGUGUUACUUAAUUAUUCACUCAGUAGUCUCAGUAGUAAAUGCAUGUUUAUUCACACUAUUCUCACAUACAAAGAAUCAUUUGCAGUAUUUGCAGUGCUCUGUGUGUCAAAAUAUAUCAUAUACUGACACUUAAACUGAUUGUUUCAUUUUUUUCACUCUUCAAAAAUUUAAAGAAAAGCACCUUAGAAAUGAUAAGGUGACAUAUACUUUGUCUUAGAGAAUAAAGAGUACAUUGGAGACUGCCAGAGUUCAUUUAUGUAGUUGUGUUGAUACUUCAUUUCUUCUUUUAAACAUUGUUUUCAUUAAGGUUAUGCUUUGAUUUUAGGCUUCAGGACUACUUUGUUGGUCAUAGGCUUUUUUCGUUUUCUUAUCGCUCCCACUUCCUCAGAUCCCCACCACCACAUGAAGGUGUCCCAAAGAGAAAUCUAGAGCAGAAAGCAGGAAACAAGAAAAAUGUAUUGCUCACAUAUACAAUACACGAUACACUGUACAAGAAAAAUGCAAAUAAUUCACUUACUAAUAACUCAUUCUAACAUUUUUUGUACAUUUAAUGGUUAUUUUACAUGGUAUGUUUUCAAGUUUUUACUUUUUCAUGUUAACAGAGCAGGAGAAAAGACAGAAAAUGUCAAUGAUGUGAUGUAGACUGUAAUCCUAACCAGUUUUACUGAUAGUAUCCCAGAAUUCCCAUUGAAAGGGCUUAGAAAUCAAUCAUAACUAACACUCACUCUAGCUUUGAAGCUUAUCUUGCAGUAUAAAACAUUUCAGUUUAACCACAUAAUACAAUAAAGAGCGAUCAGAGGUCUGCUCUGGAACCUGAGGCACUGCUUGAGGUUUUUUGGCUUUUUGAGAACUGCUCAUUAAAAGAUUUGAAGAGAUCUGUGGUAAUUUCUUGACUUCACAAAACCUCUCCGGCUUUCAGUCAAACUCUGUACAGAUUUUUUAUUUUUUUAAACAUAUUUAAUGUUUAAUUCAUGUCUUUUUUAUAGGGAAGCUGGAAAUAAACAAGAGUCAAAUGGUCAAUAUUGAGAGUCAAACAUGCAACCCCUGCAGGCGGGACUGUGGCUCCCAUAUAUUAGGUGCACUUUUUAACCCUUGCAUGAUGGUUGUAUACGGACAUUUGAAAAUUCUUAGCCAAACAGAUGGAUGUUUGGAGUCUCUUUAUUGCCACAUCCUGUCAAGCCUUUUUUAUUACUAUGAAAAAAUAAUAUUCAUAUUAUUAUAUAAUAUAAUAUUACUAUUUAUUACAUUAAAUAUACUUUGUUUGCUUCACCCAAUAAGUUUAAAAAGCAGUAGAACUUUGCAGAACCUGGAUACCCCUUCUAGUUGACACUACAUAUAUUAAUCUGCAGCCUUGCUAAGAGAGUACCUGAGUUAUUGAUCCAUCUUGCACACUUCCAAUAAAAGACCGUAUGCCUGUCUCCUCAACAAAAAAAUCAAUGGCCUCUAAAAAAUAGGAAAAAAAGGUUAAUAAAAUAAAAUACACAAAAGUUUCUAUGAACAACAUAUUCUCCAUAUUAGUACACCAUUACUUGACUGCCGAUUUCACAUUCACAGCUUAUUCGUUAUUCUUAAACAAGGAAUUUGUUGCAUGUAAAAGUAAAGUGACAGUACUCACCAUGUAGCUCACUGAUCCCUGAACUCACCAGCAGCACCACCAGUGCCACCACUAUACAGCGAUUCAUGGUGACCCCCUUCCAUGGGUUUGGGACAUCACUCAAGUUUUCAAUGGACAGAAUCCGUUCAUAAGACACUGCAGACAGACAGACACAGAGUCAGAUUUAUACAUCACACAGCUGUAGUUUUCAUAGAUAACACGUAAUUCUUUGUAGGAAGUGAUCCUUACUCUUGAUGCUUUCAGCUCUCUCAAUCUUGGUUUCAGAAUUGCUCGGCUGAAUCUUCAAUUGAGCUGUGAAUUUAAGUUACAAACUUUUUGUUAUGCAUUAAAAUACCUAAAACUAGUUUUUAUUUUCCCCCCAAGUGCUGCCAAGUGAACACUCUCUGACUGUAGCUACUGUAAGUCAUAGACGAGCAACCACUGCAGCUCAAAAUAGGCUGGUUUCAAAGGACAAAUAUAGAUUGGAUGAAAAAGUUCAGUGAUAAAGGAAACUAUGUGCAGACAUAAAGAACUUACCCGGUCUUCCACAUCAGUUGUAUCUUCCAGAUGAAGUAAAGAUUAGCGUGGUUGUGUUGAUAGUGAAUGGGACUCUGUUAUUAACACCCUGCACCGUGCUCACUGCACCUUGAUUGACAGGCACAGAUGGAAGAAGGAAAAGGAAAAUGACAGGCCUCCCCUGUACAGACUCUGUUGGUACUUUCCAUCAAGCUGCCAUCACUACUACGACCAGCACUAGUCUGUUUUCUUGCAGAAAAGUGAUCUAUUGCAUUAGGUAAUGUUAAGUGCAAUCAAAACAGUGUUAUACAGUGCAUUGUGAAAUACAUAGAAAACAAAUUGUGCUUUGGUAUUUCCAGAUUUACUGUCACUCCAUAACAAGGUAAUUGCUGUAAAUUUUCCUCUGAAGUGAUUUAAUUAAUAUGGAUAAUAAUUUUCUUUUUUUCUCUAUCUGAAUAAGAGGGUGACCUGUAGGGGUAGGGGGUGGGUAAGGGAAUUAUAUAUUUGGAUGUCUGUAUAUAUUGAAUUUGAGUUUGGUUUUGUUACUUUUCUUAUAGUCUCAAUUUUUUGUUGUUGUUUUUUAGUGUUUUUUUUUCUCCUUCUAUCAAUAUUGCGUGUAUGUUUAUAUGUCUGUUUGUUUUGUAUUGUUUUUUUUUGUCCUGUCGUGUGAAUUUUCAUUAUAUCUUUGUUUAUUUGUUGUUCUUCUUGAAUGAAAUGCAAAAAUUCAAUAAAAAAUUGAUCACAAAAAAAAAAAAAAAAAAAAAUCAGCAGCUCUAUUAAAGGAAGUGUAUUUUAUCUUUAAAUAUACUUUGAAUUUUUAGAACUUAAUUUAAAUUGAGGUUGAUAAAUGCAGGCCCCUCCUCUCAUUUAUUGCCCAAUUAAAUUUUAUUUUCUAUUUGAUUUAUUGAUUGAUUGAUUGAUUGAUUGAUUGAUUGAUUGAUUGAUUGAUUUUUUAAUUAAUUUUCCCCCAAACCUUUAUUUCAGUUCUUCAGCAAUGACAAAUACAUAUUAUUGAACAUGGGGUAGCUACAUUCAUUUGAGAGGAAUUAAGAAAAAACAAAAAAAAUCAUAGUCCGGCAUACAAAGAUACAUAAAUUAUAAUAUAAAAUAUGACAUUGGGAUCAUACAUUCAGUUCAGAUCAUAGAGAGGAUCUCAAGGCUUCGUAGACAGUCAUAGUUCAAAUCGCUUUCUUAUUUGUUAGUCCAGUUAGUGUUUUAAAAUAUAUCUUCAUUUCAUUUUUAAACUGGUGGAUAUUUGGUCUCUUUAAAGACCAUUUACAUUUAUGUAUAUAAAAUCUUCCAUACAAAGUAUAAGGGUUUAACAUCAAAAUAUGACUUUGGUCCCUGUUCUUUUUUUCAAAAUAAAAAAUAAUAUCUUUUGCAGGUUUAUCUUAAAUCCAGAUAACAAUUCAAAUAAAUUUUCAACCCCCAAUCCAUAAAAAUUUAACAUGCAUACAGUCAAAAAAUAAAUGUACAAUUGUUUCUUUUUCAAGGUUACAAAAUAAACAAGAGUCCGAGAUAUCAGCUCUAUAUUUUUUGAGAAAGUGGUGAGUUGGAUAGAUUAGGUGAAUCAUUUUUAAAAUAAACUUCGGUCGCUUUAUUGCUGAUCAAAUAUUUUUUGUAGUAAAUCCAUACCCUUUUCCAAAUAAUUCCAUCAAAAAGACCAUUCCAAAAACUACAUUUUUUAUCUUUGAUAUUGAUGCCAUUCAGCGGGAUAUCAGUCUUCAGCCAAUUAGCUUUUAAUUGAAAAUGUUUAAUGAGGUUACUGCGUCACGUUUCCUUCGUAAGACGUCAUAAAGGACAAGACACACCCCUGACAAACACUGCAGCCUUCCAGCCCUCAGCAGCAGCAGCAGGAGCCUGACUGAGUGACUGACUGAGUGAGCUCAACACAAGGCGAGAGGAGGAGGACAGAGCGAGCAGCUGGUGUGGACGCUGGCCGGAUGGUUAAAUCCAACCUACAGACGAUUUUGAAUAGUCAUUGUUUUGUUAGAGAAAAAGAGAGAAACUUAACCGAGAUGCCUGUUAUUGAGCAGUCCAGUAAUAAACCUGAAAGUGAAAGGUAUGUUGUCAAAGUCGUUGCGAGCUAACUUACCUUAGCAUGCUAAAGCUACGUUAUAACGAGCUGCGGCCUAGUUGAGAGGAGCGGCGCAUUUAAAGGAGCAGUUCGCUGAAUCCCCAUGUUUUUUGUUUACAUAACACUAUUAUUCCACUUGACAUUUUCCGAAAUACAAUGAAGCGGUCAGACUAAAGAAGAUGAUGCAGAUUUUGUCAAAUUUUGUUACACAAAAUGAUAUCACUCUAAAUUAUGAAUUAAGUCGCGAUGAUAUCAUGGUAGCUUGUAUGUAUGAAACGCCACAGAGAUGUGUUAGCUCGAUGCUACAAGGGUCGGCUCGGUUUUUACAACAUUUUAUUCAUCUAGCUUUAGUAUAUUUCACUGUUUCUUGAAUGAGAACAGUGUAUAUCUGUACAGUUUCGCGUAUGUGUGUACUGUCUGCUCUGAACUGGAGAGUAAAUAUCAGUUUAUUUUCGUUGGCUACGCGCUGGCUACAUGCGUGAACAAACAGUAACGUUAUCAACGACGCACUGUAUGUUUUCACGAUUUUACUGCUGUAAGGUGACACAAAAAUUGAAGUAUAUUAUUUUUGUGAUAAUAUGUUCAGUAGUAGUUACAUAACGUGCAGUAGGUUGGUUGGUUGGAUUAGAUGAUUGAUGGUUGAAUUGAUCAAUUGUAGUUAUAACGGUUGUUUUGACGCAGGUAAUGAUAAACCAAUGACCCUCUUUAACUCUUUUAUAUAAUCCAAAGAUAUAACAGGAUAGUCAUAUAAUCAAAUAUGUAAGCUGUGUAUGCUCUGUAUUUAAAUGUAAGCUCAAUCAGUGUAAAGGCAUAUACCACCCAAACAGUCUCCAGGUUGCUUGUUUGUUGUUUCUCUUUUGUCAGAUUGUAAUGAUCUACUAGAAAUGAGACACAGAGGGGGGUGUGAGUCCUGCUUAGAUGGGACAUGUGUUGUUGCAACCUGUGAGCGGUUUAGCUUAAGGGUGUUUUUAACCUCUGUCGUGCCCCGACAGGAUUUUUUGGUCGAGGCUGUUUGCCACACUGUUGAGAAGGCUCCGUUGGAAAUUUCCACUGCACAGCGAAGGGGGGUGGCAUGAAGAAUGAGGAGUCUAAUAAUGACACACUGUACACAAAAGAUAUCUGUUUUGUGUAGAUCUAUAUUUAUCAUGAUUCUCUAUCCACCGUGGGGAUUUUGAUGAUUAUAGCUGAGAUGUAUUGAACACUUCAAUGUGUAAUCUGUUGUGAGAAUCACGCGUAUUUUAUAGACAUGUUAUUUAUUUCUUUUUUGCCCUUUUUUUAAAUACAUUAUCUAACAGCUAAUACUGCUGCCAUCCACUUCGAGUUAAGACAUUACGAGCAGCAUGUUCAUUCAAACCCACCCUCUUUUUCUUCAGCAUUACUAAUAAUAAGAUAUCCAGACAGAGAUAAGUGUUUGUCCAAAACCGUCUCGUACUCUUGCGCAAGAAGCAUCUUAUGUGACCGUUUCUGUAUUUGUGAUGCUUUCUGCUGAUGGUGUGUGGAUUUUAAAAGAAGUAAGGAAAACCCAAAGCAGAAGUUGAUUUCAGGCCUUUUACAGAUUACUGAUUUCUGUAAUUAAACAUUAAAGGAGUCUUGAUUGGAGGAUGCUGAUUGGCUGUUUUAGAUAAUCUGAUAAUAGGAUUAAGGCGACCUGUGUUAGUUGGCAAUCUCCAAUACCUUGCACAACCGUGCAUUGGGCUUUGUGUUACAUGUGCACUUGGCUCAAGUAAUUAUGGGAGUGACAAUGGUUUUCAUUUGAUUUUCACACUUCUUCUCUACAUAUAGCACGGCAGUGGCAUUUGCGCAAGAGCAUCUGUGUGUGUGUGUAUGUGUUGUAUGUUGCUGUGGUAGCUUUGCUGCCGCUAAUAGCCUGUGUUCCAGAUACGAGCGCCGAGAAUAGGCUUAACACUGUAAAUAUAUGCAGCCGCACAAACAGACCUCUGCAAAAGAAAGCUAUGUUAAUUCUUUAGAGCACACUGGCCGGCGUCUGAAUUAAAAUGGCUGAUCGCACUUGCUUAACCGGUGUUUGUUCCUGCCUGUUGUAAACUGGAGCAGCGCAGCAGGACUAAAGUAGGCUAAUGGUUAAACAAACUGAGUCUGUUCCUUUGGCAGACCUCUGCGAAUCAUGGGACAAGCUAAAGUUGUCUAUCAGAAAGCAAAGCACACAGAGAUCAGCCUAAGGAAGUUAAACAUUAGUCUCCAUAAAUUUUCUAAAAGGGGACAGUUGUGAAGGAAAUGGUAUGUGUUGCAGAGGUAAAAGAAAUACCAGUCUGAGGGGAAAUAUUUUGGAUUGAUGGUUGACACACGAAACAAGGACAUUUCUUUUCAGUGAGUCAUCAGUGGUGUGGGGAAGUGACACGUAUACUCCUGCUCUGUUAAUUUAUAGUGAAACUGUCAAACAUACAUGAGUGUGUCAACGUGGACUCUUAAUGGAUGAACUCGAGCAGCUGAACUCCUGUGGCAGAAAUAAUUGACAAACCUGUGUAAUGAGUGUCAAACCCUGCUGCUUAUAUAAGCGGUUUGGUUUGUGGUUUUUAGCAUUAUCUCCAGUCGACACACCGCUUAUUAUGCCCCCUUCCAUAUGUGUGUUUGUUUCGCCUUCCAGUAUCUCCAGUCCCAGGAGGUGCUCCCACUGUUGCAGUAACCCGUGUCCGGGGCCUCUGUGGUGCUCCUGAUGCCCCUCUCCCACCCCUGAAGAUCCCAGGUGGGCGAGGGAAUGACCAGCGGGAUCGCAAUCUUUCAGCUAAGCUAUUCUAUUCUGUAAGUAAAACCUAUUUUUGAAUACUCUCAGUAAUUUGUUUUCCUCUUGUUAGUGAUGGGUACUAGAGGUUUGUAUUUCCAUCUAAACUUUGGCAAGCUGUGCAGACAGAAUAUCAUUUUUUAUUUCAUUACAUGAUCACACAUUAACUUAGCUGUUGGGUAUUUGAUCGGAAUCGUGUCAGGGUUCAAUUAGCUCUAAAUAGUUUUAUUUUUUAUCACUCUCUGACCGUAUCUGUCGCCACUUUACCUGAACAGUCACAGAUGAUGCUUCAAAACGAUCACUGCUGUUUGGUCUGAAUCUACGAUCACAGUUUUAUUUUUCAUUGUGUGGAAGUUCCUAAUUUCUCUCUCUCUCUCCGUUUCUGACCAUAAGGACACUCAGUUGCUGGUUCUUGAAGAGCCGCCUCCUGCCAACAGCAGAGUACGCUUCUUGCUCUUUGAGCCCCGCCGCUCUGAGGGCAAGCACUGCGUCUGGAGGGCAGCACUGAAAGGAAGGAACCUUUAUGUGGAGAUCCCUCCUGGAGCUUUGCCCGAGGGCAGCAAAGACAGGUCUGUGGGCACGACUUUUUCUAAGCUAAAUAAAAGGCUUUUGUUGAAAUGUAUGAAGCUGACUAGUUAUUCCAAAGCUGAAACUAUACAAAAGCUAGUUUUUGAACUAGUGAACUGUCAAAGAAAAUGAGCUUCUGUAUGAAAAAAGGACUAUAAUUGCGUAUUUGUACUAUAUAUGAUUGCCCAGUCUUAAUAAUAAUAAUAGAUGUCCUUUGAUUUAGAUGUUCACUAUAAUGUACAAAUUAAAUAAUAAUCAAGAUAAGACAUUUUAAUACGAAAUCAUUGACUUCCCUUUGUUAAACAUUACUUUUGUUGACGUUGUUUUGGACAGUUUUGCCCUCCUGCUGGAGUUUGCAGAAGAGCAGCUGCAGGUUGAUCACGUGUUCAUCUGUUUCCACAAGAACCGUGACGAUAGAGGUGAGAGUUUUUCUGUCUGGGUUCUUCAGAGGGCUUAUUCGUCCUACAAAAACAUUGUAUUUUCUGCUUAAGCAGGUCAUUCAAAAGUAAAUGUUUACUGUUGUUGGAAAUUUUCAGUUUCCUGUUUAGGUCUUUUCAUGCGAGAGGUUGUGUUUUUGAGGAUUACUUUUGUCAUAGGCUUUUAAUAUAUAUGUAUAUUUUUUCCAGGAAUUCAUGAAGCUGAAUUACAGCAUUUUAUUACAUGUAUGUUUACCUGCCAUGUUACUGUUAAAUUAGACGACGAGGACGUGACGUUGACGAGUUAAACAUAAGUCUUAGAUGACUAAAAUGUGACGAGACGAAUGUGUGUUUACGUUGACGAGACGAGACUAGACGAAAACGUAAGUGGUGGACAACGAACAGAGUUGCAAAAUUCAUGAGCAUUUCGUCAGUCAAACGGUAAAUAUAUAUUUUGCAGUGUUGUUUUCGUUGAUGAAAUGUUUUCGUCAUCGUCAACGAAAACAACACUGACAUAGGCUGAUAAAGCACAAUCAUGAAGUCGAGAAACAGAGUUUAAUGAUUACUAAAACAAGUUCAGACGCUUGAACUGCUAACUAUUCAAGCAGACAGUAUAAGUCAAAUUUGAAGAGUUUACCAUUAAAGGCAUGUCUGACCUUCCUUUUAAAGUCAUCUUCACUGUGUUCAGGGAUUUGACUUUAGCUCUUCUGCUGUAAAUACAGUAUCAAACUUCAAUAAUUCACAUCUGUUUACACCCUUUGUCCUCAGCUCCCCUGCUCCGUACAUUCAGUUUCCUGGGCUUUGAGAUUGUGAGACCGGGUCAUCCCCUUGUCCCCUCCCGCCCUGACGCUUUCUUCAUGGCUUACAGUAUUGAGCGAGACUCCUCUGACGACGAAUAA